UGCCAGAGGCUGGGGGGUGGCCAGGGUUUUAUUCACAGUGCACAGUUUCUGUUGUGCAAGAUAAGUGUGCCCUGGAGGUCUACCGCACAGCGUACUGCCUGCCGCUGGUAACACUGUUUCUUUGGGCAGAGAUAAAUGCAUUUAUGGCUUUGAAAUAAAUGCAUGGGAUGGGUGCAUUGGUGUGUACUUACCUCAAUAAAAUGGUUAAACAAGUAACGGGUGAUGGGGUCAACCUGCCGGGCGGCUGCCUCCACGCGACAUCUCGAGAGAGCAUGUAUCUGUGUGUCACGCUCUCGACCCCCUGCUCACCAGCUCCUGGGGGAUCCCCACCCCACUCCCCUCCUGUCGUCACAAUUGUGAGAGUGAGAGGACACAUCCAUUGAGCAUCACUGGGGUCCCCCCACUUCCCACUCUGGCAGCCUCCGAGAAAGGCUUGGCUCGGCUUUGAGAACACUGUUCGCUUUGGAAAACCCAGCAAUGUGAGUAACCGUUAGUCUCUGCCUUUGCCUGUGGUGCAAUCUUGUUCGCGCCCCACUGAGACCACAUCCUUCCUGCCCCUGCUGGGCUGUUACAACUAUAAAGUCAGAACAUUUCCUCUCAGGCUGUUCCUGAGGCCGGCAUCUGGGUGAGUCCAGCUCCAAGGAGCAUGGGGGCCGAAUAGGCCUGGAGAAGAACGGGGAGAAUGUUUCCAGGGCCAGAACUCGACUAGAGAUUUCUUCUGCCAGCCUCCAAGUCUGUCCUUCAACAACAUUUCUGGAAUGUUCUUUCAUAUUUAUCAUUAUUUGGGCUCUGUGUGUGCAAGUGCAUGUGUGUGUGGGGUGACGCCAGGGACAGUGAUCGCAGCUUACACCCUGGACUCCAGCAACUUUGCCUAGCACCCUCGGAGUGAGUGUGUGGGGUGCAUCUGAGGAAAUGAUCAUCCUUAGAAACCAAGAAACAGGAGGCAAAGGUCAGGGCCGAGUGCUCGAGGUCAGGCAUGGGGAGCACGGAGGAGAGCUAGAGGCCUGAUGUGGACGGAAGGAUGGGUGGGACGGGACCUUGGGGUCUCUCUGGGGGCGACCCCUCACCACAUGCAUAAGAAGAUAGACAUGGGCGGGCAUGUGUGGCCAAAAGUGGAGGCAGGAGGAGUGACCAACACGUCAUGUGUGAGGGACUUGAACAGCAAACUGUGAAUUGUGAAUUAUAAUUCAGAGACUUCCACGACUUCGCAUGUUGGCGUCACUUAUGGCUUUGGGCUGAUGUAAUGAUUUUUCCAGUUCAAUAAUAGAAAGGGAUUAAUCUCCAAUAGAGACAACCUGUUCAUUCAUCCACAACCGAGGCGGUGUGUAAGGUGAGAGAUACAGCAGCUGACUUCUGGUCUUUGUGGAGCUUGAAGUCUAAUUAGGAAAACUCAGUCAGUGAACAUGAUAAUGAAAGGCUGUGUAUGAUACAUGUCAGGACACUACCUUUGCCUUUUAACCAUCUGCUCCACUGUUGGAUCAUUUUUGUCUUGUCUGACUGAGAUAACUAGUUAAGUGAGGGGACAAGCGGUCUCACAGCUUUUCAGGCUUUGAAAAGUUCAACGUAGGGCAUGGCCUAAAAAAUUGACGAGCUUGGUCUAAAUCUUGGCUUUGCCUCUUCCCGGCUACGAAACUUUGAGGAAAUCACUUCACCUCACUAAGACUUGGUCUCUAGUUACAUCAAACGGCAGUGGGGGUGGGGGGCAUGCAUGCACCUCACAGACCUUUGUGCCAACAAGCAUCACUGCUGUGCCCAGCCUGUAAUCUGCUCUCAAUUAAUGUGAGUUAGACUAGUUAUUGUACUCGUAAUCACAAAUUUUACAGGAGUCAUCGUUCCCUGAUGCAUCUCAAGUUCCCUCUCGCUUCAGUACUGAAGGGCAGUCAUGGACCAUCUCCUCCUCCUAUGCCGUGACCUCUGUCCUGUCUCCAGCCAUCUCCAUAGUUACUCAUUUCCUGGUCUCCUUCUUUUGUCCCUCAUCCAUCUCUCCUUAGGUUACACAGAAACAAGGAAACAGUGUCUUUCAUGUGGAAGGAACUUAAAAACAAUUUUUUCACUCUGUCAGUUUAUAGAUGAGGACACUGAAGUUGCAGGGUAGUGAUGCAUUUGCCCAAGGUCGUAGCCCAGUAAUCAAUGGGGCCCACACUCUCUGGGGUGGUACGGAGGUGGCGCCGGGACCUGCCGUGGGUGUGGGCAUCUGGUGCCUGCUGGUGCUCCUGUGUGAGUGGGUUGAGUUACUGUGUCUCUCCACAGGGACGCCUUUCUUCCACAGCUCAGGACACUCUCCCUGGUGGAGCCAAGAGGAAAACUGUCUGUGUGGCCUAUGCCCCAGGACCCUGACCUGCCGCCGUGAGCAUGGCCAGCGUCCGCUGCAAGCUGGCCCACUACCUGGAGGACCUGGAGGAUGUGGACAUGAAGAAAUUCAAGAUGCACUUAGAAGACUACCCUCCUCAGAAGGGCUGCAUGGCCCUCCCUCGAGGUCAGACGGAAAAAGCGGAUCAUGUGGACCUAGCCACCCUGAUGAUUGACUUCAAUGGGGAGGAGAAGGCAUGGGCCAUGGCGGUGUGGAUUUUUGCUGCAAUCAACAGGAGAGACCUUUACGAGAAAGCUAAGAGGGAUGAGCCAGAGUGGGAUAAUGCACAUGUUUCUAUGGAAUGUCGGGAAGAAAGCCUUGAAGAGGAGUGGAUGGGUUUAUUGGGGUACCUUUCCAGACUCUCUAUUUGUAAAAAAAAGGAAGAUUACUGUAAGAAAUACAGAAAACACGUGAGAAGCAGAUUCCAGUGUAUCAAAGACAGGAAUGCCCGUCUGGGUGAGACCGUGAACCUCAACAAGCGCUACACCAGGCUGCGUCUCAUCAAGGAACACCAGAGUCAGCAGGAGAGAGAGCAUGAGCUCCUGGCCAUCAGCAGGACUUCUGCCAAGACGCGGGACAGCCCUAUGAGUUCCAUGAACUUGGACUUGCUGUUUGAACCUGAGGACCCACACUCUGAGCCCGUGCACACGGUGGUGCUCCAGGGAUCAGCAGGCAUUGGGAAAACGAUACUGGCCAGGAAGAUCAUGUUAGACUGGGCAUCAGAGAAGCUUUACAAGGACAGGUUUGACUAUUUGUUCUACAUCCACUGUCGGGAGGUGAGCCUCGGGACACGGAGGAGCCUGGGGGACCUGAUGGUCAGCUGCUGCCCUGACCCAAAGCCACCCAUAUGCAAGAUUGUGAGAAAGCCUUCCAGGGUCCUCUUCCUCAUGGACGGCUUUGAUGAGCUGCAAGGCACCUUCGAUGAGCACACGGAGGCGCUCUGCACCGACUGGCGGAAGGUGGAGCGGGGAGAUAUUCUCCUGAGCAGCCUCAUCAGAAAAAAGCUGCUUCCAGAGGCCUCCCUUCUUAUCACCACAAGACCCGUGGCCCUGGAGAAGCUGCAGCACUUGCUGGAUCGUCCGCGACAUGUGGAGGUCCUGGGUUUCUCAGAGGCCAAGAAGAAGGAAUAUUUCUUUAAGUAUUUCUCAGAUGAGCAGCAAGCCAGGGAAGCCUUCAGGCUGACUCAGGAGAAUGAGGUCCUCUUCACCAUGUGCUUCAUCCCCCUGGUCUGCUGGAUCGUGUGCACUGGGCUCAAACAGCAGAUGGACAGUGGCAAGAGUCUUGCUCAGACGUCCAAGACCACCACUGAGGUGUACAUCUUCUUCCUCUCCAGUUUGUUGCAAUCCCAGGGAGGGAGCCAGAAGUACCAUGUCUCUGCCAACCUCCGGGGUCUCUGCUCGUUGGCUGCAGAUGGAAUCUGGAACCAGAAAAUCCUGUUUGAGGAAGGUGACCUCAGGAACCAUGGCCUGCAGAAGGCGGAUGUGUCUGCUUUCCUGAGGGUGAAUCUAUUUCAAAAGGAAGUGGACUGCGAGACAUUCUACAGCUUCAUCCACAUGACUUUCCAGGAGUUCUUUGCUGCCAUGUACUACCUGCUGGAAGAGGAGGAACAGCAGGGGGCGAAGAACAUGCCAGGGGGUCGUUUGGAGCUUCCCAAACGAGACGUGACGGUCCUUCUUGAAAACUACGGUAAAUUUGAAAAGGGGUAUCUGAUUUUUGUCGUUCGUUUCCUUUUUGGCCUUAUAAACCAGGAGAGGACUUCCUACUUGGAGAAAAAACUGAGUUGUAAGAUCUCUCAGCAAAUCAGGCUGGAGCUGUUGAAAUGGAUAGAAAGCAAGGCCAAGGCCAAGACACUGCAGACCCAGCCCAGCCAGCUGGAGCUGUUCUACUGCUUGUACGAGGUGCAGGAGGAGGACUUUGUGCAGAGGGCCAUGGGCCACUUCCCCAAAAUCAAAGUCAAUCUCUCCAGCAGAAUGGACCAUGUGGUCUCUUCGUUUUGUAUCAAGAACUAUCGCAGCGUGGAGUCACUUUCCCUGAGGCUGCUCCUUUACUCACCGAAAGAGGAGGAGGAGGAGCAGGAGGAGGAGGAGGAGGAGGAUGUUGGACACUGUCUUGUGGGCCAGUGUGACCUCCCAGGCCCUCACACUGCCCCUUUUCAUCGAUUGGUGAACUGCGAUCUCACUCCCAGCUUCUGCCGGGGCCUCCUCUCUGUCCUGAGCACUAACCAGAGUCUCACUGAAUUGAACCUCAGUGACAAUAAUCUGGGGGAUGCAGGGAUGGAGGUAUUAUGUGAAAUGCUUCAGAGUCCUGGCUGUAACAUUCAGAGAUUAUGGUUGAGGCGCUGUUGCCUUUCCCAUCACUGCUGCUUCAUCGUCUCCUCGGCCCUGAGCAGCAACCAGAUGCUGGUGGAACUGGACCUGAGCCACAACGCCUUGGCGGACAGUGGAGUCAGACUUCUGUGUGUGGGACUGAAGCAUGCAUUCUGCAACCUGCAGAAGCUCUGGUUGGUCAAUUGCGGUCUCACGUCAGUGUGCUGUGUGGAUCUUGCAUCUGUCCUGAGCACCAGCCAGUCCCUGACCAGACUCUACUUGGGAGAAAAUGCCCUGGGAGACUCUGGAGUUGGAAUUUUAUGUGAAAAAGCAAAGCAUUCGCAAUGUAACCUGCAGAAACUGGGGUUGGUGAACUCUGGCCUUACACCGGCUUGCUGUCCAGCUCUGUCCUCGGUGCUCAGUGCUAACCAGAAUCUCACACACCUGUACCUGCGGGGCAAUGCUCUCGGAGACAUGGGUGUCAAGCUGCUCUGUAAGGGCCUCUUGCACCCCAACUGCAAGCUUCAGUUGUUGGAACUAGACAAUUGCAGUCUCACCUCACACUGCUGCUGGGAUCUGUCCACACUUCUGACCUCCAAUCGGAGCCUGCGGCAGCUGAGCCUGGGCAACAAUGACCUGGAUGAUCUGGGGGUCAUGCUAGUCUGUGAGGUGCUGAGACAACAGGGCUGCUUCCUGAGAUGCUUGCAGUUGUGUAAAAUGUAUUUUAAUUAUGCUACAAUCUGCGCAUUAGAGACACUUCAAGAAGAAAAGCCGGAGUUGACCAUUGUCUUUGAACCUUCUCAGUGAUGAUGCAGGCAGGGCUGCCAGACACCAGUGUUCUGCGACCCCGCCCUCCAAGUGUGAACUGGGGCCGUGAGCGCUCCUCCGUCUGGGUUAGGACCACGCUCCUCAAGUCUUCUGGUCCAGCGUGGGAGAGCACAGCUCGCGCGGACGGUGCCUUUGCAGAGAGACAGUGAGCAUCUCCUUUACCCCAGGUUAAAGCACCAGGGCGAUGAAACCACCCACGUGAUGCGGGUCUCCUCACAGCGGGUUAGUUUGCCGGUGUGUUCCUCUUGGUGACCUCAUAUAACUAAUUCAUUCACGAAAGCACUUUAUUUAUUUUUCUCAUUUUACUCUUUCUAAAUCUCUUUUCCUUCAUAUCUUUUUCCCUUCUUUGUUCUGUUUACUUCUGCCAUUUUUCUCUUAACUGACCAUAA